AUGGGCAAGUUCACAAAACCCGGGAAGGUGGUGCUGGUCCUGGCAGAGUUGUAUUUCAGGCACAAAGCCAUCAUCAUGAAUAACAUUGAUGAUGGGACCUCCAACAGGCUCUAUACCCACACCCCAGUGGUAGGUAUCAACCACUACUCUUACAAAAUGACUGCAGCAAUAGGCAAAAAGAUUGCCAAGAGAUCCAAAAUCGAGUCCUUUGUGAAAGUUUAUGAGUACAGACACCUUGUGCCCAGCAGAUGCUCUGUGGCUAUCCCAUUGGACAAAAAAGUUGUCAACAAGGAUGUCUUCAGUGACUCUGCACUAAAAUGUAAGGCUAGAAGGGAGGCCAAAGUCAAGUUUGAGGAGAGGCACAAGAUGGGCCAAAACAAGAGCCUCUUCCAGAAGCUAUGGUUUUAA